CCGUCCCUCCGUUGUCGCGCCUCGAUUUUCUCCCCAGGGCUCCUUCUCCUCUCAUAUCAUUCCUUCCAAAUCUCUCAGAAUGAAGCGCAAGACAGAUAACAGCACGAACGGCAAAGACCAGCCGGAGACGAAGAAGCGCGCCUUGUCCAGCGAAGAAGUCGCUGCGCGCUUCCGUGAGGGUCUAUUUGAACCCUCGGAGCAACAGAAGUAUACCGAGCAGUACGCUCAGUCUGCUCCUUACAAGCAUGGAGUCAUUUCUCCUCUGAUUGAGUCUUCCCUUCUACGAGCAGUCCGCGAUGAAAUCCAGGCCCAAGUCGACUUCACCGAGAAGGAAACGGACAUUUACAAGAUCUUCCAGUCCGGAGAUCUGGCCAACUUGGACGGCCUUGACGAUGCCUCCCUGUCCAAGCUUCCUUCGAUUCUAAAGCUGCGCGAUGCUCUAUACUCUGCUCGGUUCCGCGAAUACCUCUCCGCCGUGACCGGAUCCGGAAAGCUCAGCGGUCGCAAAACCGACAUGGCCAUCAACGUCUACAACGAAGGCUGCCACCUUUUGUGCCACGACGAUGUCAUCGGCAGCAGACGUGUAUCCUAUAUCCUGUAUCUGACCGAUCCCGACACCCCAUGGCAAGAAGAAUGGGGUGGUGCGUUGCGCCUGUAUCCCACCACCACGAAAAAGGACGUCAACGGCGAGGAUGUCAAGAUCCCCAGUCCCGACUUCAGCCUUAGCAUCCCGCCUGCAUUCAACCAGCUCAGCUUCUUCACCGUCCAACCAGGAGAGAGUUUCCACGACGUCGAGGAAGUCUACCACCCCAAGGAGAAUGAGGACAAGUCCAAGAAACGGGUGCGCAUGGCGAUCAGCGGAUGGUUCCACAUCCCCCAGGAAGGGGAGGAUGGAUACGAGGCUGGCUUGGAGGAGAAGCUCGCAGAACGCAGCAGUCUUGCCCAGCUCCAGGGACGAGGCGAUAUCUACGAUCUCCCUCAGCCCAAGCCGGUCGCCUGCGAGGAAGAGGACGAACAAGCGGACGAGGGCAAGGGGAAGGGCAAGGCGAAGGUGGAGGAGGAACCCGGCGCCGAGUUCACGGAGUCCGACUUGAACUUCCUAAUCCAAUACAUAGCACCCUCCUACCUGACUCCCGACAUCGCAGAGGAGAUGUCCGAGACCUUCACGAACGAAUCCUCGCUCAACCUCGACCGGUUCCUGUCGGAGAAAUUCGCCGCUCGGGUGCGCGCUUACAUCGAAGAGCAAGAGAAACAAUCUCUGCCCAACUCCUCGGACGAGAUUCUCGCCCAGACCGGGUGGACCGUUGCCCGGCCUCCCCACAAGCAGCGCUACAUGUUUCAACAGCACGGAACCGCCACUGAGGAUCAGAAGACCCCACUUCAGGAGCUCCUCAAUGACCUCUUCCCGUCCCGGGCGUUCCGCAAAUGGUUGGCGCUGAUCACUGGCGCGGAUCGCAUCUCCAGCUACGACUACCUGGCGCGCCGUUUCCGCCGGGGUCAGGACUACACCCUGGCUAGCGGCUACAAUGGGGAGGAGCCCCGCUUGGAGUUCACUCUGUGCCUGACGCCCACGCCCGGGUGGGAGCCUGAAGGCGCCGAGGACGAGGACGAGGAGGCCGACGGUGAGACCAAGGAGAAGCCCAAGCCCAAGGACGGCGCCAAGACUUCCGACGAGCCCGCAGUGGGUGGGUACGAGAUCUACAUGGCCGGAGAUGACGAGGACGAGGGCGAUGCGGCUAUCUACCGGUCGGCCGGUGCUGACGAAGACGAUGGUAUCCUCUUCAGCACCGCGGCCUGCUGGAACCGUCUCAGCAUUGUCCUGCGCGACAGCGGCACGCUCAAGUUCGUCAAGUACGUCAGUGCCGCUGCCAAGGGUGAUCGCUGGGAUAUCACCGGUGACCUGGGUGUGGAAUUCGAUGACAAUGAUGAAGAUGACGAGGAUGAUGAGGAUGAUGACGACGAAGCUGAUCUUGAUGAAAUGGAGGAAGAUGAAGGCGAGGAGGAUGAGGAGUAAACCCUUCUAUCUCCACUGAAAAGACAAAAAACGAAUCUGUACAUACAAACACGCCAUUUGGGCUUGGAAUCAUAUUGAGACCCCGAUACUAAAAAUAGACCUUGUUAUCC